GUGCUCGUCGCCGGGCGACGCGGACAGCUGCCAGAUGCUCAGCCGCAAGAAGCGGCGCGGCAUCAUCGAGAAGCGGCGCCGCGACCGCAUCAACACGAGCCUCACGGAGCUGCGCCGCCUCGUACCGUCCGCCUACGAGAAGCAGGGCUCCGCCAAGCUGGAGAAGGCCGAGAUCCUGCAGCUGACCGUCGACCACCUCAAGGUGCUGCACGCCAAAGGUACAAUGUCGAUAAGAUUUUUAACACAACUUUUAGAAUGA